AUGAGGUAUAGCAAUAGAAGGGCUGCAUCAACAGACUGGCUUAUUAGUGAAACACUUCUGUUGUAUACUAUCCUCUCUUUAUUUUUUCUAAACCUCAGAAAUGCACCACAAGUAUUAACAUUUUCUCGUUAUUUUACAAAAGAAACAUUAGAAUAUGAAGAAAAGGCCAAGCAAAUCUGUGGGGAUGUUGAAUUCUUUAAAAAUGGCCACCUUGCAGAAAUUGCAAAGGCAAAUGCGAAAAAACUUUCAAAUUGUGAUUAUUGCAAUGUUGUACGUCAUUACUCAGGAUCAAAUAGUACCGAAAAUGACGUUGCAUUUGCAUAUUUGAUGGGUAACACUUCACAUAAUAUUCUAAAUUGGGUUAGAACACUACGAUCAGCACAAUGCCGCUGCAGCAUUAUCUUUCUUGUUACACAGAAACUCUAUGAUCUUCAUCAUGAAAGUGUUUGGCGCGAUCUUUCUAACUGUGGAGUUACAAUUCAAGUUGUUCCUUAUCAUAGUGAUAAUAUCUUUAACGAUGUACGUAUGUGCCGUAAAAUCAUUGAAUACGUAUUUGCAGAGUAUUGCUCCAUGUAUUUUGAUAGAAUGAUGUUUUCGGAUAUUUAUGAUUCGAUUUUCCAAAAAGAUCCUUUCAUUAAAGAUGCUCCUCAAGAUAAAAUAUCGAUGUCAAUAGAAAGAGUUACGUUUGCCAAUCAUGAUUGGGAAAAGUACUUCAUGUCUGCGUAUUUUUCAUCUGAAUUUGCAAAUUUAUUAGCAAAUGCGAAAAAAUUCCUUAUUAACGGAGGAUUUGUUAUAGGAAAAGGCUAUCUAAUGGCUGAAUUUUAUCAUACAGUAAUUUCCUUGCCAAAAUUCUUCCACAAAAUGAGCCGCGAUCAAUCUUAUUUUAAUUUUGCCGUUUAUGGGAAAGUAUUUACAAAAAUUUGGAUAGACUUCAACGCAACGUACUAUGCUUCAGCAUGUUAUUCCAUUUAUGAGCAGAGGCCUAGAAGUGAUGGUUAUAUUUACGAUUGGGAUACAAAAACAGCUCCUGCUUUGAUACAUCAGAUGGAUAGAAUUUGUCCUAUUGUUCAACUUAUAUAUAAAACAUGCCCUACACAUAACAAAAAUUAUGACAGCAAUUAUCGUCAGGCUUAUAUCAUGCAACCUUGUGAUUCGCUUGCAAAUAGGAAUGAUAGGCGAUUUACUUAUUCAGCUAAUGCUACAAUUGAUCUUUAA